UUAUAAGUAGUUUGACUGAAACCCAGAAGGAACUGAUCCUGUCAAGAUGGACAAGAUGAUUGGAGCUUCCUGUUGGCUGUUACUGGUUCUGAACGCUCAGCGGCACUCAUCAGCACCCAUGCCUGCUGAAGGUGUUCGUUCGUCUGGCGUGGAGGUUCCAGAUACAGAAACAGUCUUUUCUCCUGCUGUGACGUCAGAAGAAGAAGCUUUAAAUAACACAGGGAUUGUUAAAGAUGUGAGGAUAAACUCUUUAGUAAGUGGAGACGUGGCUUCAGGUUCUGAUGUCCACAUCCCAGUAAAACUUGAGAUCGAUGAGGUGGAUCAGGUGGGACAAGUUGUGGGAGAAACAGCACAAAAGGAUGUAGUUCCUGUGGACUCUGCUGGGGAAGCUUUAAAUCCAGGAGACGGAGAAGCAGUCUUCAUCCGUUUGUCUCACAUCAAUAAAACUUUGAAAGAAGAAACAGAUGUCUCCAAAGCGCUGGAACAGGUCGAUGCAGCUAGUGGAACAAGCCUGGUUGGUCGAGAAGAACAAGAAACUAAAGAAGGAAAAACAGGAAAACAUGCAGAAGAAGAAGCAUUGGACCUUAUGAUGCUAGAAGGCCCUAAUACUGGUGAAGAAACUUCCUGGUGGGACAGAGACAGAGGACGACCUUGUUUUUGUAGAAUCCGAGAUAGAAGGAAACACGACGCCGGACAAGUCAGGUCAAUUAGACCCAGAAGCUGCGGGUCCUGUGGAGCCGGAAACAGAAGGUUUCCUCCUUCCUCGUGUUUCUACAGAGGUUGGAGAAGAAGGUGAAGGCGAGGAAGACAUUUUUCAGACAAACACCGUUGAAGGAGUUCGAGAAGAGGAGACAGACGAGGAGGAUUUUGGGGCGGCAGCACAUUUUACAGAUUUAACAAACGCUGCUGUGUCUGCAGCAGUCAGCAGAAAGGCUGACCCUCCACUCAACAUCCAAUCAGAAGCUCCUGUUUCUUCAGUACAAGAGGCACCUGUAGGUUAGAACGAAAAGAAGCUCAAAAAACCUCCUCUCUAUAAAAACGAUGUUUAAUUACGGAUAAACGUGAAUUUUCAGCUCCAGUCAACCGAGGAGCCGUACUCAGGGUGGCGCUCCUCACACUUACAUCUCUCGUCGUUGUUGGAUUUGUUGGGAUGACCAUAUCCAAGAAACUUCGGUGAAUGAACAGCAGCAGGUUUGGUUUCUAAAUCAAUUAGAAAAUCAAUUUUUCCUUCACGACUCCUCUCGCUGCAGUACGAUGACGUAAAACUCUUUUGAAGUUAAAAAGCUCUUCGAGGAUGUGGAAUGAUGGUGAGCAGAACAAGCUUCACUGAUGGAUCUCAGAAUUUCUCACCAGCCAGAGAUACCAACUUUUACGCCACUUGCCUGAGACUCAAGCCUGUUUCUCUGAUGCAGUGAAAGAAAAUCCCAGUGGCAACACAAAAGUGGCUGAAGUCAGAGGAGAAAAGUAACUUCUUUAAAAAAAAUCUACAUCUGUAUGUGAACUACGGAUGGGGCGUGGGUCAAAUCCACUUAUACAGUCAUAUACAUGAAACAAGUUUCAAGUUGUUUACUAAAAACAGACAUGAUGUUUAGUAGUUUGUGUCUGAGAGUUUUCACCUGAGGCUCUGGUUUCUGUACCACCCUAACUCUGUUUAUAAAAUAUACAGAUAUAGGGUGUAAAAAAUAUUGAUGCACUGUAAUAUUGCAAUAGUUCAUGUUAUGAUACUGAAUCAAUAAUUAAAAGCAGUGAGUUGGUUUUUA